GACCUCAGUUGUGACAGUUCAUGUGUAAUCAUAACAACGCAAAGACCGAUGUUGGAUCAUACAAAGAUAGAUUCUCCCUCCCAUGCCAUUCUAUUGACACUCUCGUGUGAUUCCUGGGAACGUCGCCGUCUAUUUUGAGGAUCGUCAUAAACAAAGGUCUACCUGACCAUUUCAGCGCUGUGAACGUGGGAUUCCUAGGCCUGGGCGUUGAGAGACCGGCCCCCCCCUGGGUGGAGGCAACCUCGCCCAACGGAAGGAAGGCAUUGCUCGAAAAUCCCCCCUGAAAGGCUCUGGAGUGGGUGGUCUGUCAGUCUACCUGGCUUUCCCAAGACAUCCUGGUCGGAGUUGUCUAGCCGCCAUAGAUAGAUAGAUAGAUAGAUACACAGUUAGCCUUGGCGAGAGGGGUGGCUUUCGAGUUUCAAGCCAGGGCUUCUGGACUGCAAUUCCUUGAGUUGAUUUACUACCUGGCUGCUUGAGGCCAGGCCCAAGGAAAGCAAGGGUCUUCCAAGCGUCCAACCUUCCAGCAGGACGACCUGUCCAGUCAAGAAGCGGCCUUUAAUGGUCCACCGUCUAUCCGUACAUUGCUCACUGCAUUGGGGAUCUCGUCCGUCGCUUGCUCGAUUGUUCGCUUUUUCGCUUGCUUUUCUGCCUUCCUACCUACCUAGUUCAUCCUCGGCAUGUACUCAUUAAACCAUAUGAGAUCGGGUUAAAGUUCGAGACAGGACCUCCUCCUCUUAUCGCCUGAGGUGGCUGGCUGGUUACCUGGUUAGCUGGUUAGCUGGUUGGCGUUGGUUCGUUCGUUCGUUCGAUUGUUCGGACAGCCAGUGGACCAAAAAUCGAUGGUUCUGAAUCACUUGAGCGGUUCAGCUCAGGGCUAUUGGCUGAAUCUAGCUAUUUCCAGUGAUCUGAUCCGAAGGCCAUCGAAUACCCACUCGUCAUGCCUUCACGCUCCGAGGACAUUCUCAAAGGUUUCAAGGUGAACUGGAUGAAUCUCCGGGACUCUGACACGGGCAAGAUCCUCUGGCAGGGCAACGAGGACGUGUCCCUGCCCGACGACGAGCACGAGGCUCGCGUGCCCAAGAAAAUCCUCAAGUGUCGGGCCGUGUCCCGCGAGAUCAAUUUUAGCUCCAUCGAGCCCAUGGAGAAAUUCCGCCUCGAGCAGCGCGUCCUCUACCGCGGACGAUGCUUGGAGG